AAUUUAUUCUAAAGUUGUGGAGAGUGUGAGAAGUAGAGUAUCCAAAUUCUUCUCUUUUUUUCUUUCUCCUGCGUAAUCUUGUGAAACAUACCAUAAUCUUGUAACAAAUAAAAUGUAUGUAUUACUUUAGAAAUACUGUAUACAACAUUUUUUUUACUUCAUCUGUGUAUAUCAUUUAAUAAGAGGGAGAUGUAUAUCAUUUAUUCAAAUGAGAUAAGAAUUUAGAUAAUAGUUAAGGUAGACAAUUUAGAUUUAUGUAAGAGAGAACAAUAUGUAUGAUUCAGAUAUACGUAGAUGCACAUAAUUGUGUAUACAGGACAGAAACACAUACAAAACACCAACACUACCGUACCUAGUACUUAUACAUUCAAUAGAUUUUCAUCAUCGCCAUUUCACGAUGAAAACCAUAUUGGAUAUUUCGAUCUUGAUAAAUUUUCUCUGUUUUGGUAUUGUAUACGGCAAAAAUUACAACGUACUCAAUUUUGAUGCCAAAGGAGAUGGUCAAACUGAUGAUUCAGAGGCUUUUCUACAAGCAUGGACUGCUGCAUGUGGCGGAGACGGGGACAUAAAAACACUUCUUAUACCUUCCGGCAAAACAUUUUUACUUCAACCUACUGUGUUUCAAGGCCCAUGUAAAUCUAGUUCGAUAAAAGUUCAGUUGGAUGGCACCAUCGUUGCACCUAGUGACAAAUUCGCAUGGUCGGACCCCAUCUCCCGAAUGUGGAUCAAAUUUUCAACUGUGUCUGGCCUAAUAAUCGUUGGUUCGGGAACCAUUGAUAGUCGUGGUUCAUCUUUUUGGGAGCUUAAUCUGAAAGCUUCUCAACGACCUACAGCAUUACAUAUCAGCAAAUGUGACAACCUUAGGAUAAACGGGAUAACAUCGAUUGAUAGUCCAAAAAAUCAUAUAUCAAUCAAAACAUGUAAUACUGUUGCAAUAUCAAAUAUAAAUCUUUUUGCACCUGAGACAAGUCCCAAUACAGAUGGGAUUGAUAUAAGUGACUCGACUAAUAUCAACAUAUUUGACUCUACAAUUCAAACUGGUGACGAUUGUAUAGCAAUCAAUAGUGGAAGUUCUAAUAUUAACAUCACUGGAAUCAAUUGUGGACCUGGUCAUGGGAUAAGUGUGGGGAGUUUAGGAGCAGGUGGAGCAGAAGCUAAAGUGAGUGAUGUUCAAGUGACACAUUGCACUUUCAAUCAGACGACGAAUGGAGCUAGAAUCAAGACAUGGCUGGGUGGACAAGGAUAUGCAAGAAACAUAAGUUUUACGGACAUCACACUCGUUAACACAAAAAAUCCAAUUAUAAUCGACCAACAUUAUAUAGAUAAAGGACGUCUUACAGAGGAAUCAGCAGUAGCUAUUAGUAAUGUAAAAUUUGUCGAUUUUCGCGGAACAUCGUCAAAUAAAAAUGCUAUAACGCUUAAAUGUAGCGAAACUACACAUUGUGUAGACGUCGUUAUGGAUGGAAUUGAUAUUACCAUGGCAAAUGGAGGAAAGCCUAAAGUUAAUUGUCAAUAUGUUGAUGGAGAGUCCAGUGACACUGAUUUGAUGCGAGACUGCUUUAAAAAUAACACUAGUUCUUGAUUGAGAAUGUACAUCAAUAGUCAAAAGUUUACCCACGUUUUCAAUUUCUACUGUCGUGAAAUGAUAUUUGAAUGUCAAUUUUUUUUAUUAAUUGUUAUUACUCAUCACAGAAUGUCUGUAUGAAAUCACACAAUAGAAAUCAAUUGAUGUCUUUCAAACGGUUGAU